GAAAUAAUUAUUUUAUAUAAGUUGCUUAAAAAUAUUAGAUAAAUUUAUUUGUAAGUUUAUAAUAAUGAAAACUCAAUUAAUAAUGCGGUAAUAUUUUUUCCCGCGUCCUAACUUUAUUUUCAUGCUAGUAACAAAAAAAUAAAAUAAAACUAUAUGCACAGCAAACUGACUCCCAGGCUCUCCCCAGUCAUGACUCACCUCAGUAGAGAUAGAAACUGACUACAAACUCUCCGUCUUCUCCACCCAGCACAGCAUCCCACCCUUUCCUCCCCUCCGAUCCAGAGCUCUCCGUCCGCUUCCCGCGCUCGUGUCGCGCUUCUCCUCUCCAGCGUCGCGCCGCGCCAUUGGCGUAUCCGUAUCCUUGCAACGCGGGCGCCGCGCGUUCCACUCUCUGGUCGGUGUCCGGUGGCCGGGGGGAGGCUGCCGGUGGCGAUGUGGGCAGCUUGGUCCUGACCCUUACAGCCCUCGCUCCUGGUGUUACUGUUACCUGAGCUGUUCUUGCUACGCUGGGAGGGGAGGGGUGGCGCCGCGGCGACGCCCGCAACCUGUUCGACGGAAUGUCUCCGCGGAAGAUGCCCAAGGAAUCGCCUGGCUCGACCGGGGGAGACCGCAUAGGGGACCUCCCGGAUGAGGUGCUCCACCACGUGCUCUCCUUCCUACCGGCGCAGGAGGCUGUCCGGACGUGCCUGCUGGCUCGGCGAUGGCUCCACCUCUGGAAGUCCGCCACGGGGCUGCGCAUUGGCGAGGACUGCGACUAUCUGGGAAGCGUGAAGAAACAGAAGGAGUUUCUCGACCGUCUGCUGCUACUCCGUGAUGGAGCCCCUCUCGACACGUGCGUGCUAAUGUUCGAUUAUUACGGCGACAUGGACAUCGAGGACACAGCUCGGGUGAACCUAUGGUUCAGGCAUGCUCUUAUCCACAAGGCUCGGUUCCUCUGGCUCGACGUCGGAUACUACCACUCAUUUGUGAUAGAUGAGAUGCCACUUGUCUCCCAGCACUUGACGAGGCUACAGCUUCGAAAUAUAAGGGUAAACGACAGCUUCCUUAACUUCUCGAGCUGUCCAGCAUUGGAACAUCUAGUGUUUCAGUCAUGUAAAUUUGGCUGUGCCAAGAUCUCAUCUAGCUCUGCAAAACGUUUGAGCAUAACCAAUUCCUAUUUCAGUGAGAUAUCUCGGGUACGUAUCGCUAUCCCGAGUCUUGUUUCUCUGCAGCUGGAUGGCUUCCAUGACAGGGCUCCAGUGCUUGAGAGGAUGCCAUCAUUAGUUGAUGCAUUUGUUGGAGUCCUCAACUGGACUAAAGACUAUUGCAUUUGGUCUGACUCUGGGGAUUGUGGUCAUGAGAACUGCGAAUCUUGUUACGGUAUCAAGGACAACAAUUGUGUGCUUUUGGAAGGUUUAUCGGAAGCUAAGACGUUGGGGCUGAUAAGUGAACGUGGAUCGUUUAUUUUGAAAAGGGAUUUGAAAUGGCGCCCAACAUUUACCAAGCUAAAGACUUUGUUACUCAAUGAAUACUGGUGUGUGCCCGAUGAUUUUAGUGCACUAACUUGCAUUCUUCAACAUGCACCGGUUCUAGAGAAUCUCAUUCUUCAGAUCUGUUCCAAGGGACCUAAACAUAGAAUGAAAAUCAAAGGAAACUGCCAUUCAAUGGAUAGUUCACUUGUAAUAUCAGCACAUCUUGAGAUAGUUGAAAUCAAAUGCGAAACGGUUGAUAAGAGAGUACUCAAAGUUUUGAAGUAUCUGUCUACAUUUAACAUACUUUUUAGUUUUAAGGAAAUCGAGAUUUUGGAAGGAUAUGACAAUGACCAGGACGAAGUGGAGGAAGAUGAAGAUGAGGACUCUCAUGAAGACGAAGACGAAAAUGAAGACUCUUAUGGAGACCCUUAUGAAGAUGAAGACGACGAUGAAGAUGGAGACGAAGUGGAAGAGGAAAAUGUUUGAUGCACCACUGUUUUGAUUAUUAAGAAGGUUGAGACCACAAGGAUGAUGCCAUGGUGUUUUAUUCUCUCCGAGUAGCUUAAAGGGCAGACUUUUGGAUUUGUAAUGCGGGUUACUUUCUACCUGCUGUUCGACGUUUUUUUAGUUUUUGCUCUUUUGACAAUGCAGUCCUCUGUACCGAUAAACCUACAUCGUCUGGUAAACAGGCGCCUAGUAUCCCUCAUGCAGCUGAUAAAGCCCAAUAUUACAGUACAGUAACUGCAAACAUCAUAUAAUCCUUGAAAGCAUUUGUGCUCUAUGGAUGCACCAUUUAGAUGUAUCAAAUCCGAGAAAACGCAAAUAAAUACCGAACCAUGUGAUUUGGAACUUUA